AUGAAGCAGGAAAUACUUUCCACAGCGGCCACACCCGGAAAAGCACUUGUUAAGGCUGUAGUAAAAAAGGAGGUUGAUACACAUGUGCCGUCGCCCUCGCAGCCAAAGUUCUCCUGCUGCGGCUGUGGUGCUCCAGGAGUGAUUAAGGCCAAUUGCACAACUUGCUCUGGACGCUGUCGCUCGCAAGUUGCACCAAACGACUUAGGCUUUUGUGCCGUUGAUAUACAAGCGGAUAUGAAACAGAGACCGGUUGUGUUCAUCAACAUACUCGGUAUAGAAGGUUGUGCUAACCUGGACACGAGUGCUAAGCUGAGUGUUGCUUCAUACGGACUCUUUUGCAAGCUGCGAGAUCUGGGAUUGAAAUUUGGUGAAGAAACUGCCAAUGUUACGCUUGCUGAUGGUAUCAGGAAAAGUCAGAAGGUGUAUACUAUAAAAGUACUACGUCUUUCGUCGUACUACUUGAAUCGAGAGACAAUAGAACAUUACUUGGAAUCGGUUUCAUACAGGAUGCAGGCAUGA